ACCCAUUGCAGCUCCCGUUGCCACUUCCCGGCCUGCCAGUUCGCUUCCGCAGGCCUACGUUUCCAGAGGACCCGUUGCCUCUUUUGAGAAGCAUUCUUCUGAUGUGUUUGCAUGUCAUCCUGGAAGCAGCAGUGAGGCCUGGAUCCAACACAUCUGACCUCACCACGUGGGUCUCCACCUCUGCCAGUGUUUAUUUCCUCUUCCAGAUUGUUGGGCUUACUCAGGACAGAGUGGCUGCCUCUGAAAACCCCGGACCUCCACACCGGAUCUUCCUCUGCUCGGGAUCAACAGCAAACCCUUCUCUUUGCAGUAUACCAGAGAGAAAGCAUUCAUCUUCCUAGAACAUGGCAGGUAAGAAGGUGUUAAUCGUCUAUGCACACCAAGAGCCCAGGUCUUUCAAUGGAUCCCUGAAGAAAGUGGCAGAGGAGGAGCUGAGCAGGCAGGGCUGCACGGUCGCUGUGUCUGAUUUAUACUCCAUGAACUUUGAGCCGAGGGCCACAAGGAAAGAUAUCACUGGUGUGUGUUCUAACCCCGAGUUCUUCAGCUAUGGGGUGGAAGCCUAUGAAGCCUGCAAGAAGAGGACUCUGGCCAGAGAUAUAAUUGACGAGCAGAAAAAGGUUCAGGAAGCUGAUCUAGUGAUAUUUCAGUUCCCGCUGUACUGGUUCAGUGUGCCAGCCAUCCUGAAGGGCUGGAUGGACAGGGUGCUGUGCCAAGGGUUCGCCUUUGACAUCCCUGGAUUCUAUGACUCUGGUUUCCUCAAGGGUAAGUUGGGGCUCCUCUCACUAACCACUGGGGGCACUGCCGAGAUGUACGCAAAAGCUGGAGUCAGCGGAGAUUUCCGGUACUUCCUGUGGCCCCUACAGCAUGGUACGUUGCACUUCUGUGGAUUUAAAGUCCUGGCCCCUCAAAUCAAUUUUGCUCCUGAGUUUGCAUCAGAAGAAGAAAGAAAGGGCAUGGUUGCAUCCUGGGCCCAAAGGCUGAAGACCAUCUGGACAGAAGAGCCCAUAAACUGCACACCGCCUUGGUACUUUGGGCAGUGACAAUUUGUGCCUUAGUGUACAGCAUAUGAGCAACACACUAAAGACCCAAACACAUGCAACAAGAAGACGGUGCUGUAAUAAAAUAAAAUUAUAACAAAGUUACUGGAUGUAUUUAAAGAUGUGCAUGGAUGAGUGUCUUUAGGAUUUUAUACAGCUAGAUCGAAUAUUUUAAUCAGCUUAUUGAAGUGAACUCUCUGCUGAUCAAUUUCAUUA